UCCCCUUUGCAUUUAAAGCUUCCUCGAUCGAUUAAUUUUAUAUUAGGAGAUUUUCUUUCACGCUAAAUUGUAAAGAUCGAAAAACGAUCGUACGCAACUUCACGCAUAUCGAUCGUCGAUUUAUUUUAAAUUCGAUAUGAGUAUCAUCAAGGUUAAGUAUUAUGGUAAUAUAUUAUGAGGCGGAAUCGUAAUGUAUUUUUUUAUUAAUGGAACGAAUUGUUUAGAACAUGUUUCCAAAAGUAAUGAUGACGAUAACGACGUCGAGAGAAUAUCCAUCGAUAAAGAAGUUUUGGUGAAUAUUGACUGUCCUGUUGGGCUUAUAUUAGAUUAUGUUCGAGAAGUCGCUCGAUUGGAUAAAACUUGUAAGAUUGAUUUAUGCGAUGAAUUGAAUUGUCAAUUAAAAAACUUGUCCAUUGCUGAACCAUCUACUUCAGGAUUACAUCUUCUUCAACCGGAUAUCAUCUAUUUUGUAGUUAUCUUUUCAAUGAAAGAUGGUUCGAACAAAUUGGGAACGAAUAUUUUCUUUAAAUGUGUCGUCUCUAACUGACGAAGAGAUCGAAGAUUUAUGUCCUACGAUAAUGCGUUGCAAUGUUGAUGAAAUAUCCGAUAUACACAAUCUUCAAACGCUUAUGAGAAUUUCUCAAGAAAUGUUGCAGUAUAAAGACAAUCAAGUAGAAUCUUUACUCAUAGAAUGUGGAGAAUUAAAAAAUACAAUUUCGACAUUGAAACCGGAUGUUACUAAACAGAAAGUUAAAGGUCAGAUCGUAUCUGAUUCACAGUAUGAAGAUAAAAGUUUUAUUAAGUCUUCUGACACAAUGGAAACUGCCAAUCACGAGACUGUAAUACAAGACAAAAAUGAAAAAAUAGAAAAACUAUUGACUGAAUUAGAGGGAUUAGAUAGAGAAAAUACUAUUUUGAAAGAACGAUUAGGAAUGUUGAAAGAAGAAAUGGAGGAUGCAACAGAGAAAAUGAAUGAAAUGACUGAUGAAUUAAGUUCUGCACAAUCAAAAGUCCUCGAAUACAAAGAAAAGAUAUUAGAUUUGGAGCGUGAAAAUAUUGCUUUGCUCAAUCAAAUAGAAGAAUUAACCGAUCAACAAAUGGAUAGAGAUAAAGUAAUAGAUGAAUUUGGAGUAGCAAUAGAUUCUAGAAUAGCGGAAUGGAAGGAAUUAUUAGAUGAAAAGGACGCGGAGAUACACCAUUUAAGAGAAAAUUUAUCGCAAUCCUUAUUGCAAUCGGUUACAUCGGUUAAAGAAGAAAAUAAAUCGCAGAUAGUAUAUUUAAACGAAGAGAUUAGUAAUCGCGAUAAGAUUAUAACAGAAUUACAAAGUAAACUUUCCGAAGCAGUUACAGAAAUAAAUGAAGGAAGUGCUAUUAUAGAGAAGUUACAAGCCAGUACAAAAAAGCCAGAAAAAGAGGAGAAGAGGAAGGAACAAAAAGAGUUAUUAAAAAAAAUGCAGGAUGCAAGUAAUCAGAUAUCUGAUCUACAAAAUGCGUUGGAUCAAGCGCAGGAGGAUUUAAAAUUAAAGAGCACCGAAUUAUGCGAAGUACUGUCAACUUUAAGAAAGUAUCAGGAUGAAAAUCAUGGAUUAACCGAAGCAUUAAAUGAAAUUAAGGAUUUAAAAAAUGAAUUAAAUCAUAAAAGAGAACACAUAGAAGAUCUUGUUAAUGUGGUUAAUAAGUUAGAGAUGUUAAACUCUUAUCAAGAAAUGGAAGUCCUAGCGCUCAGAGAAAAAUUAGGGAUAUCAGAGGAUGAAUCAAUUUCCAUAGAUAAUAUUGUUAAAAAACGUAAAGAAGAGGAGAAAAGGAUGCAAGACCUCGUUCGGCAGAAUAAAAUGUUAAUAGAUGAAAAUCUCGAAAUGAAAUCGAGCAUAAGGCUGCUAAAAUCAAGUAGAUCGCGUUUACCUACAAAGAAAUUAGACUUUUCAAGCGACACCAUAGAUAACAGCACCGACUUUUUGCACUCCACUAAAUUAUUGGAAACUGCUGGAAAUCAGGUCGUUGAUUUUGAAUCCAUUCAGAUAUAUCAUAAAACUGAUAAAGAUAUUAGAAAACAAAUGCAGCUAGUUAUAGAAGAGAACGAAGCUCUUAGAAGAGGCAUGCAUGAAAUUCUGGACAGUAUACGCAAUCAAGACGGUAAAAGUUCAGUAGAAGUUCAUUCAUAUACUUUGGAAAGAUUAUUGGAGGCAUUAGAUGUAAGACAUUUGGCUGGUUGGUAUCAUCCUGCUAUGAGAUUACAAGAACAUUUGAAUGUUAUACAAGGUAGCAAUGCGGAAUUAAGAUCUCAGCUUAAACAGAUUAGAAAGGAGCUCAACAGGAAGGACGCCAUAUUGCAAGAUUUAGCAUUGAGUAAAGGAAUAGAUUUAGAGAGAUUAAAUACCGACGAUUCUGAUGAUAACAAAAUAAUGUAUAUCUCUGAAAUAAAAAAUAUGGAAAGUAUACAUCAAAGAGAAAUAGAGGAAAGGGAAAAGGAAAAGGGAUCAUUGAUAGAAGAAAAUAAUGAUCUACGAUAUACGAUCGAUGGUUUAAAUCUUCAAUUAGAAAUUUAUGAAAAGGAUAGGGUGACUUUAGAGAGCAGCGAGGACGAAGUUAAAAAAGCUUUUGCGAUUAAAACGAAAGAGUAUGUAGAAGUUGCUAACGAGUUGUUGUUAUUGAAAAGAAAAAUUGUACUUUUGCAAGAGCUUCUUAACGAGGAAUCUGUCAAGACGUAUAAUUAUCAGAAAAAUAUGCUUGAAAAAGAAGGUUCUCUUAAAAGAGCAUUGACCGAUGCUAAUAAACAUAAUAAAAUAUUAGAAUGCGAGAUAAUAAGACUGCAAAGUAAUCUAUCUAAUUCGAUAAGUAUUACGGAAUAUAGCGAACUAAAAGAGAAAUACGAGGAAUUAAAUAUAAGAUAUCGUUUUGUUCUCGAGAAGGACAGGAUAUUCUUAGAUAAACGUGAAAUUGAAUUAUUAAAGGACGAAUUAGAGCUAGCGAUAAAAGAAAAAUCUCAAUUAAUGGAUCUAUUAAAAGAAGAUGUUUCAAAGGAGGAUGAAAAUGAUAUUGUUCGACAAUUAAACGAUUGCAAAGCUAAGGAAUUGAUCGAAAGGCAACGUGCCGAUCAUAUGACCAAAUUGCACGAGAUAUCUCAAAGUCAAUUGGCUAAGUGCGAGUCGAAGGUUCAAGAACUGACCAACAUUAAUUGCGAAUUACAAGAGAAAUUGAUCGAGAUACAUAAACAGUUAUCGAAAAUUAUUGUAUCCACGCAAAAUAUUCGAGAAAAUAAUAUCGACGAUUCUGAAUUGUCGAACGACGUAGAGGAAACUUUGAGAAUCGAUAACGACACGUUGAAAAGAAAGCUCGAAAUCGCCGAGGAAGAGGCUAAAUUGCAAUACAUGUUGAAUUCGUUAAAGACGUUGGAAUUAGAUAAUCUGAGACAUCAGAUUUUGGAUUUGCAAGCGAUCAGCGAGGACAAGGCUACGAUAUCGAGAUUGAAUUUUGAAUUGGCCAGUAAGAAAAGUAAUGAAAUGGAAUUGAACGCACGUAGGUCACAGCUUGAAAGUGAAAUAUCUUAUUUGCAAGAGGAACGUGAAAGAUCGAUGAUAAAUUCUGAUAAGAUGCGAGCCAAUAUGCAAUAUUAUCGAAAGCAAUGCGACGAUCGUUGCAGGACAUACAUAGACGUAAUAGAUUUUUUACAAAGCCAAUACGCAGGAUCAUCCUCUAUUAGCUCGCUCGAUAGAUUAACGUCAAUGGAAACGUUAACAAAUCGUUUGGAGAUUGUCGAACGUUUGAAAGAUAUAUUGGAAGAACAAAUUGGGGGUGAGAGCGUGCAAGAUAUUUUGCAAAAAUUCUCCGAAAAUUCGCAAUACGUAUUAAAUGAUUUGAAACAAAAACGAAGGAUAUCCCAUUUGGAUAACGAAUUGCAAAUGGCUAAUGACAAAGCCGCGAAAUACGAAUCGAUGAUUACGACAAUGGAGAACGAAAUGAUCAAUAUGCAAAGAACUUGGAAUCGUCAGGGUGAGAAAGUGAUGGUAUCAAAUGAUGUACAGAUUAAAGAAAUGAAAACUGACACGGUGGAGAAACGAUCGGUUUUCGUACAAGUUACGAUAGAACUCGAUUCGACGGAGAUACAAACCGAACCAUACGAUUGUUGUUUAAACAAACAACGAGAAGAAUUAGAAGGUAUCGUAGAUACGCCAAAGGAAAAAUCUGUUCGAGAAGCAGGUAACAAUACCGAGGCAACGAAUGAUAUGAAUUCGAUGAUUCAAUUGAACGAACGUUUAGCGGAUGCAUUGAAACUCGCGGCGGAUCGUUUUGAAAUAAUAGCCAAUUACGAAUUAGAAAUGUCGAAUUAUCGAGAGAGAAUAGAUGUUCUUAACAAAGAAAUUAAAGAAAAACAAUCUGAAUUAUCCAAAAGAGAAAUAAAUAUCGUCGAGCCUACGUUAGAUAUAACACCUAUCGCGAGUAUCGAUUGUACCGAUAAAUUGGCAUUGAGAUCAACGGUGAACAGUUUGCAAAAGAUCGUCGCACAAAAGGAAGAAACGAUAUUGAGAUAUAAGAAUUUAAUGAAGGAAGAAAGAGAGGAGUAUGUCAAAGUUACGUGUUCCUUGGAAAAGGAAAUGAAAGAUUUGCGUUAUAAAAUAGAAUUGUUGGAAGGUGAAGUGAAAAUCGAGAUAGAUAAAGAGAAAGAAGAUAUUACGAUCGAACCUGUUGUUGACGAUGACCUUAAGAAGAAAAAAUCUGCUACCGUGCAUAAUGCAGCUCGAGAAGAGGAGAUCGCGAGGAUGAGAGAAAGAAUAAAUACUUUGGAAGCUGAUUUGCAUAUUACGAAAGAACUUAGUGGUCGAUGGCAUCGAUUGGCAGAAGAGAGAUUGAAACAUAUCGAUCGUAUAAGAGAAAGACUCGAGGAACAACAUAAUACGGAACUUGAAAGUUAUCGGUCCGAGAUUACAAAAUGGCAAUCGGAAGCUGACACGCUUAGACAACGUUUAUCGGAAGAUCGUGUUGUUCAUACGAAAGGGAAUAUAUCUCUUAUGAAAGAAUUGCAGGAAAAAGAUGACAAAAUACACGAGCUUAGUCUUAAUUGUCAACAAUUGCAGAACGAGAUCGAAUUGUUGGGAGCCACGAAUCGAUCAUUGCCAACACGUGUGAUCGAUCAUCGUGACGAACUUAGAAUGCACGAUAUUGUACCUACUACCCAACGGGAUCAGUCUCAAUCGCAGAAUCAAAUAGAUGUUUUACGUAAACAGUUGCAAUCCCUGAUGGAAAAGGAAAAAAUGUAUAAGCAUGAGAUCGCUGAACUGAAGCAACGAGUCAGUCGGGGAUACAUGGCGGUAAAAACGCAAGAGAAAAAAACUUCUCAGCGCGAAAUGCAAUUGGAAAGGAAGGUAAAGUCUUUGGAGGAAGAGUUAGAAAAAAUGCGGACUCAAUUAGAGAGGGAAUAUUUGGUUCAAGAAACUAGAAGGGUGAAGACAGCGGAGGAACUUUCGUUGUGGGAGAAGCAAAAAAAAUGGCAGCAAACUGCAGAAAAAUUGCAAGAGAAGUUAAAGGAGAAAACGAACGAGUGUAUCAAAUUAAAUUCGAAUUACGAAAAAUUACGAUCGUUGGUUUCCUGUAUGGAACGCGAAAAGUGGUUUCUAAAGAGUAAAAUAAAAGAGGAAGCAUCAAACGUGUUGAAUGAUAUACCGUCUAGACCGAUCUCAGCUGCGCAUCAGAGUCUCGUGAUUGAUUUACAGAAGGAAUGUCAAACGUUGAGAGAACGUAUCAGCGAAUUGGAGAGGGAAAAUAGUCAUGAAUUAUUAAAGAAAAUAGAAGAGCAAAAGAAUUGUAUAGCUUCGUUGGAAGCUGUCACUAAGGGCAACGAGUACGUUGUCGAAAAAUUACAAAAAUUGGAGACCACCAGGGAUAUUCUCGAAAGAGCUAAUUUGAAAUUGGAAAGCGAAAAUUUUGAAUUAAGAUUAGAAAUAGAAAAGGCUAACGCGGAUACGCCACGUUUGCGUGAAAAAGUCGAACAUCUGGAGAGGUACAUCGAGUUGUUGAAAGUAGAGAAAUCAUCGGAUUCGACACCUAGAUCAUCGAACAAGGAACAUCAGGAAUUAAAUUCCAAAAAACCUGUUUUAGAACUAGAGAAAACGAUCUUUACGUUAAAGAGAAUCGUUGAAAAGUUACAAGCGGAGAACAAGAGGCUAAAGUUUAAUUCGAAAAGAAAUUAUUUUGCAUCUUCUGUUCAGGGAAAGAAAGUUUACAAUGGUAAUGAAAAAUCUUACGAGAAAUUGUACGAGGAAGCUCAAAAAAAAGUUAUACACUUGGAAACGGAUUUGCAACUUGCCGAGCAGAGAAUAACGAUGUUGGAGAAAACGCAGAAGGAGGAUGACAACGGCGAGAUUAAUAUAUUGAAACAACAAUUGUCUCAUAAAUCAGAAUUAUUGGAAAAAGUAAAGCAAUUGUUAACGAGGGCAGCGAUAAACGAAAAGACUCUUCGUCAACGACUUCAGCAGUUGGAAUCUAAACAAACUUUGUCACCGAUACCAGAGUGUUACGUAACUGUACCUAAUUUGGAUUGAUAAUAUUAAGAAUAUUGAAAUAUUUCACAGUGAUGAUAUAGAUCUUGAUCAAUAAUUUAUUUUACAUACAGCAAGUUUUACAACGUAUAUAAUUAUGUAUAUAUAUAUAUAUAUAUAUAUAUAUAAUACAAUGUUUGUUUAUAUAUAUAUAUAUAUACAUAUAAUAUGUGUGUGUGUUAUUACAACGAUAAUUUAUAUAUUUGUACGCGAAGGCGCGUUGGCGAGUGUAAAUACGUCUUUACGAACUAAGCUUUCGAGCAUUAAAGCGAGCUAAGAGUUAAAAUUAACAACUAUCAUUAAUGGGGUUGAUCAUCAUGGAACACACGUGACUAGAUUGUAAAACGCUUUCGCGGAAAAUAUGUUUCCGUGGCGUUAAUAAAAUUAAUUAACGAAGGAA